CCACACUGCAUAAAUCCCCCUUGAGAUUCAGUAUUCUUUACUUCCAUAGCUUAUCCUUUUGUUGACUUUGCUGAGAACUAGAGAGAAAGGAUAUUGCUUUGCAAGAAUAAUAAACCUUCUCUUUAACACAAACGAUCAGGUUCGUUUCUCUCCGAAUUCAACGCCCUCUUCUUUUCCACCCAAGUGAAACCCGUUUUAGAUGCAUACCCAAUGAUUUGUUAAUCCUUUUGUGAGGUGGGUUUCAUUUGGUUUCUUUAAUGGGUCGUGAUUCCAAACUCUAUAUCAAAAAAUAUGUCACUUUCUUGAACCUUUCAUUCAUCGGAGUGGCCUGUGUUUUCUUUCUUGUUUAUUUCAGCGCUUCAGAGUUUCUUGUUCUAACCAGCAAAUAUCAAAGCGGUGAGAAUGAUUGCAAGACCUUAAAACAAUUAGAUAACUACAAAGCCAAAUGCCUUUACUUGAGAGCCAAUGGCUCAUGUGUAUCUCAAGGCUAUAUAGACUAUCUUUCGUUUUUCUACUGCAAUUUUGCAAGGUUUCCCCAGUUGGGUCACUGUCUUGUUUUUCUUUGGCUUCUCAUUCUGUUUUAUCUUCUGGGAAACACGGCUUCCGAGUACUUUUGCUCGUCACUAGAAAGCCUAGCAAAGCUAUUACAACUAUCCCCUACAAUUGCUGGUGUUACUCUCCUUUCUCUUGGCAAUGGCGCCCCAGAUGUUUUUGCCAGUUUAGUCUCCUUCAUGGGUGAUGGAACAUCUGAUGUUGGCAUUAAUACAGUUCUAGGCGGUGCUUCUUUUGUGACUUGUGUUGUGGUUGGGAUAAUUAGUAUAUUAUUGCACCAAAAAGGAGUCAAGGUUGAGAAGUCUGACUUUUUCAGAGAUGUUUGCUUCUUUCUUUUGGCUCUUGCAUAUUUAGGUGCAAUACUGGUUCAUGGUAAGAUCAAUCUGUGGGGAGCACUUGGCUUUUUUUCCUUAUACAUUGCUUAUGUUAUUGUUGUAUAUGUUUCGCAUAUUCGAGGGGGUAAUGGGGCAAGAAAUGAUGAAGGGGGUGGAAAUUCAAGCUAUGGCAUGAAUGAUUUGAGUGUGCCAAUUUUAGAUAGUGUGAAUAAAGGAGCUCUUAAUUUCAUAGAAGCAGGAGAUUUGGAGAACGAUAUUGAAGAACCCAAUAAAUCUUGCUUUUGUCUGAGGUCAUCCACUUGUUGUAUUACCUUACUCUAUAUCCUUGAGCUGCCUCUUUACUUGCCUAGGAGAUUGACAAUUCCUGUUGUUAGUGAAAAGGGCUGGUCCAAGCCAAUUGCAAUUGCUUCGGUCACGCUAGCACCAAUUCUGCUAGCACUCAUUUGGAGACCUCCACAGAAUGAUUCUAACCUCAGCAUUACUUUAGUAGUGUACGGACUUGGUUUGUUGGUUGGAUUAACUUUUGGGGUCUUUGCAUUUGUAACAACUGAAAAAUCAAACCCACCGACAAAAUGCUUAUUCCCUUGGCUAGCAGGAGGUUUCUUGAUGAGUGUAGUUUGGAGUUACAUGACAGCUCAAGAACUGGUGGGUUUACUGGUUUCAAUUGGGCAUAUAUUUGGGAUAAGCCCUUCAAUUUUGGGGCUAACAGUCCUUGCUUGGGGCAAUUCACUUGGGGAUUUAAUAGCCAAUUCAGCCAUGGCUUUGAAUGGUGGUCCUGAAGGAGCACAAGUAGCUAUAUCAGCCUGUUAUGCUGGUCCAAUCUUCAAUACACUCUUUGGCUUAGGGUUAUCUCUUGUUGGUUCUUGUUGGUAUGCAUACCCAUCUUCUAUUGACAUCCUUUUCAACUCCCAUCUGUUGGAGACUCUGGGUUUUUUAGUUGGUGGCUUGCUUUGGCCACUCCUGAUUCUGCCAAGCAGAGACAUGAGGCUUAAUGGGGUUCUGGGUUGGGGCCUCUUGACUCUCUACUUGGUUUCUCUAUCUCUCAGGCUGAUGCAAACACUUGGUUCUCUUCAGUUUCCAUAUACAUAGUCUUGUAAAAAUCAGUUAUAAAUUUCAGAUAGUUAAAUUUCAUAUACAUAGUGUAAGUUUCCUUCCUUAUGUAUAGAUAUCUUCAUUAAUUGUAACCACUCGGUUAUUUGAUAUAUCCUGAAAGAAGCUAUCGGCUACCAGCUUUACUUAGAUUUAUCUGAUUUUGAUCCA